AUGCGGUUUAGAGAAAAGGCAAUUGGUGUAACAUCCGAUAUUAGGCGAGCCUUUUUACAGAUUGAGGUAGAGCGUGAGGAUCAAAAUUACUUAAAGUUUUUGUGGUGGGUAAAUAAUAGAAUUGAAGUGUUUCGUCACAAGAGGGUUGUUUUUGGGUUAACUAGUAUCCCCUAUUUAUUGGCAGCUGUGAUUUCAUUUCAUUUGUCCCACUUUUCAUCUGAAUUCAAAGCUGUUGCGAAUAAACUUGCCAAAUCAUUUUAUGUUGACAAUUGUGUCACGUCAGUCGAUGACAACGAAGAGCUAAAGGUUUUUAUGAGCCAGUCGAUUACUAUUAUGGCAGAAGCCAAAAUGGAUCUUCGAAUGUGGACUUUUAAUCAAUAUGGUGAUCAAGAGCUAGCAGCUAAAGAUAGUGAUCCAGUCUCCGCAGUUCUAGGCUUGCAGUGGGACCGACGAGAUGACAGCCUUACAAUAUCCGUCCAAAGAGAAAUCGUUAAAAGAGACUUAUCAAAAAGGAGACUAUUGUCUGUAAUCCAUGCUGUUUUUGAGCCGCUAGGUUUCUUUGUGCCCGUCAUAUUACCUGCGAAAUUAAUUCUUCAAAAUGCUUGGGCAACAAAAUCGAUCUGGGAUAAGCCAUUACCGGAUAAACUUCAAACAGAUUUGAGAGAUGUUGCGAUUUCCAUAACUAGGGCUUCUAUCCGUUUCUGUGUCGUUAGGUUUGGUUCCAGUGUUUCCUCUGUAUUCAGUGACGUAUUGUUGCUGACUUCUUCCGAGAGUGCUAACGAGCGCGUCAUUUCAAGAUGA